AUGUUUCGCUUCAUUCUAGCUUUCAUGCUCUUCGCCAUUCUAAGACGUGGAUUACGGAUUGAGGAGUCAUGGAUCCACAUAAGAGAUAGAUUGCAAGGCAAGUUCAGUCUACUUGCUUUCUAUCUAAUGUUACAUCUAGAAACUUCCCUCAUGUCGGAGCGUUUCCCAGCUCUCGCAUUCUCGGUUUCGAGGGCAUACCACCCGAGUAAGCUGCCUCGUUCUAGGCAGCUUCAGAGAAAUAAACCAAAUUCUCAUCUCUUUACAGUGACCGCUCCACGACAUACUCUCGCUGAUGAAGCUGUCAUGGUCAUGCUGAUUUACACACCGAGUAUCAUGAGUUCGGCGUAUUUCGUGCCCAUCUUACACACGAAGCCACCAGGCUGA